AAUGUCGAGCACGCACAAAUCAAGAGAAGAAAAUAUAAACAUAGAGAGUGAGAAAAGUGCAAGCAGCAGUGACAAUGGCGUAUGCUGUUAUUUCAGUCGUGGCGGAGAGAGUUGCAGCUUUCAUUGAAGAUCGCGUGAAUUUGGUGAGAGGCGUCAAGAAACAGCUUCUCCAUCUUUCCGACAAGCUCCAUACCAUCAGAGAUGUGUUGGAUGAUGCAGAAAACAGAGGAGUCAAGGAUCAAAGCGUCAAAAAUUGGUUGAAGAAGCUCGAAGAUACGGCCUAUGAGAUGGACGACAUUUUGGAUGAAUGGAACUACGCUCUUCUCAAACAUAAGAUGCCUAAGCAAAAGGUAAACUGCUCCUUCAUUCCAUCUUCAUGGUUUUGUUCCAACAAAGUUGGUGUUCGUCAUGAUACUGCCAUAAAAAUACAAAUUGUGAAAGCUACACUUGAUCAGAUUUUAAAGGAGAAAGAUGAUUUUAAUUUUGUCAUCUCUCUGCCCGCAAUUGUUCCUGUGCCUAAAUCUUGGCGAGAUCAAUCGACAUCUUCGAUUGAAUUCGACAAAGUUUAUGGUCGGGAUGAAGAUAGGGAUAACAUUGUGAGGCAGCUGAUGAAGCUUGAUGGUGAUGCCCAACUUGUGUGUGUAGUUGGGAUGGGUGGAAUUGGAAAAACAACUCUUGCUCAGCUUGUUUAUAAUGACACUCAAAUAGAGGAUUGUUUCGAAUUAAAAAUUUGGAUAUGUGUUUCUGAACCCUUUGAUAUGGUUGCGAUUGCCAGAGGGAUUGUUGAUAGUGUGGGAAUAGAAACCAUUCCUCCAAAUACCGAUCAAUUGGACUUGGUAUUACAAAAACUAAGAGAUUCUGUUUCAGGAAAAAAGUUCCUUCUUGUCCUUGAUGAUGUCUGGACAGAAGAAUACAAUAAAUGGCAACCUUUGAAAAUCAAUCUGCAAUAUGGUGCCCCAACUAGUAAAAUUUUGGUCACAACAAGAAAUGAAAGGGUAGCUAAGAUGAUGGGCACCUUAGAUGAAGACAUCUACCACCCACAACAGCUGAGUGAUGAAGAGUGUUGGUCAUUGAUGCGUCGCAUAUCCCUUUCAGGAAGGAGUGAGGAGGAAUGUGGGGAGUUUGAGGAAGUUGGGAAGAAAAUAGCUAGCAAGUGCAAGGGAUUGCCUCUGGCUGCUAAUGUUUUGGGAAGUCUUUUGCAAUUCAAGAAUAGUUUGGAAGAGUGGGAGAAUAUAUUGGAGAGUGAAAUAUGGCAAUUGGAGAAGGCAGAAUUGGAGCUUUUUCCUCAUUUGCUUUUAAGCUACAAUGAAUUGUCCCCAUCUCUUAAGCGUUGUUUUUCAUAUUGUGCCAUCUAUCCUAAGGAUUACCAAAUUUCUGUUGAAUGUCUAAUACAAGAGUGGCUGGCGCUAGGUUAUUUGGGCAAUGUUACGGAAAAUGGUGGAGUUAAACUUAAAGGGCGAGAGCACUUCAACAAUUUAGCAAUGCGAUGUUUGUUUCAAGACUUUCAUAAAAGUGAUGAGUUGGGGGAGCAGAUAGAAUGGUGUAAAAUGCAUGAUAUAGUACAUGAUUUUGCUCAAUUUCUUAGGAAGAAUAAUGAGAGAGGUGAAAUGAGAAAGAGGAGUUGCCAAUUAGUUUGUGAUCCUUCAUUGGUUUCUGACGUCCAAGUAUAUCGAAGCAUAUAUUGGGACAAAGGAACCCCUCCCCUACUUUGUGAUUGUCUGAAAAGUCUUAGGGUGUUAAGAUUUAACAAGGGACUAGAUGGUCCUCCGCCACGGGGAAUGGAAAAGUUGAUUCACUUGAGAUGGUUGGAUUUAAGUGGUACUACUUUGUCUGAGGAAGAUUUGAAAAUGAUUUGUAGGCUUUACUUCUUGCAAACUCUUUCUUUAGCAGAGUGCUCCCUAGAAGAGAUUUCAAGAGAAAUUGAGAAUUUGGUUAAGUUGAGACACCUUGACUUAAGUGCAAAUUAUAAGUUGAAGGAGAUACCAGAGAGCGUAUAUAGUUUGGUUGAAUUGCAAACUCUUUCCUUAGCAUUUUGCUCCGUAGAAGAGAUUGGGGGAGAAAUUGGGAAUUUGGUUCACUUGAGAAACCUUCACUUGAGUGCGAAUGAAUUGUUAAAGGAGUUACCAGAGAGCAUGUGUAAUUUGGUUGAAUUGCAAACCUUAGACAUUACAGACUGCAGUCAUCUCAGUAUACUUCCCCAAGGGAUCCAUAAGCUCCAAAACCUUCAACGCCUUCUUAUUGACGGCACUCUUGCAAGCCGUCGUUUGCCUCAAGGAGUAGGUGAGUUAAGCGGUCUCCGCACAUUGAAAUUGACUUCUUUCAAAGUAGGAAGUGAUUGCAACAAGUUGGGAUUGUUGAAAAAAUUAAACCAUCUUACUAGAGAUCUAACAUUGGUAAUCCAGUUGAGGCGUAGUAGUGAUGUGGAGGAGUUGGUUGAGGAUGCUCGAGAAGCAGAAUUAAGGAACAAGAUACACAUUCGAAGACUCUUUAUAACAUUCGAAGAUGAGAUGGACGAAAGAGAGCGGUCAUCAUCAUCACUGUGGAUGGACGUAAUAGAAGCUUUGGAGCCCUAUCACAAGUUGUAUUAUCUUGAAAUAAGUGGAUAUGGGGGCUCGAGACUUCCACAUUGGAUGUCAUCGCCCCUCAACUUAAUAAAAGAGAUCAAUCUCUAUGGUUUCAGUGAGGUGUGUUCAUUGCCGGCUAUUGGAAAACUACCUUUCUUGGAAGUUCUCUCUGUGAACGGAAUGGAUGAAUUGAAGGUGGUGGGAAGGGAGUUUUUGGGAAUAGAAUCUUCAUCUUCUUCUUCUUCGUCAACGUCUAAUGAUGAGGUUGUUGCUGCAUUUCCGAAACUCAAGAAACUAUCAUUUUGGUAUUGCCACAAAUGGGAAGAGUGGGAUGACAUAACCGCGGAAGAAGAAGAAGAAGAAUUUGCGGAUGUUUGCAUGAUGCCAUGUCUCACACGGUUGUAUCUCAAUUGGUGUGAGGGUUUGAAGAAACUUCCGCAUCGCCUUCUGCGUAAGGCGUCGUCUUUGCAGAUGUUGAAUAUUAGGUAUUCAUCAGAGCUAGAAAAAAGAUAUGGAGACGACAAGGAAGGUUCAGCUUGGAGAUCCAUUUCCCAAUAUAAUCCGAAACUCCAACUUCAUCUCUCCUCUGAAACUGAUUUAGACCGAGACAAUAUUUUGAUCGUUCCCACCAUCAAUCAAGAGAAGAAAACAACGAAAAAAAACAUACAUAGUGAGGUAACUGUGACAAUGGCGGAUGCUAUAAUUUCAGUUGUAGUGGAGAGAGUUGCAGCUAUCAUUGAAGAUCAGAUUCGCUACGAGGUCAAUUUGGUGAGAGGCGUCGAGAAGGAGCUUCUAGAUCUUUCCGACAAGCUCGAGACGAUAAAAAAUGUGUUGGAUGAUGCAGAAAAGAGAGGAGUGACGGAUCAAAGCGUCAAAAAUUGGUUGAAAAGGCUCAAAGAUACUGCUUAUGAAAUGGAUGACCUUUUGGAUGAAUGGAACUACGCUCUUCUCAAACAUAAGAUGGCUAAGCAAAAGGUAUGCUGCUCUUUCAUCCCAUCUUCAUGUUUAUGUUUCAACAAAGUUGUUGUUCGUCAUGAUACUGCAAGGAAAAUAAAAGGUGUGAAAGCUAUACUUGAUCAGAUUUUGAAGGAGAAAGAUGAUUUUAGUUUUGUCAUGUUGCUGCCAACAACUGUUCCUGUGCCUAAAUCUGGGCGAGAUCAAUCAACAUCUUCGAUUGAACUACAAAAAGUUCACGGGGUAGACAUUGAGAGGAAUAAGAAUGAUAUUGUGAGGAAGCUUAUCAGGCUUGAUGCUGAUACCCAAAUUGUGAGUAUAGUUGGGAUGGGGGGAAUUGGGAAGACAACUCUUGCUCAGCUUGUUUAUAAUAAUACUCAAGUAAAGGAUUGUUUUGAAUUAACAAUUUGGAUAUGUGUUUCUGAUCCCUUUGAUGUGGCUGCGAUUGCGAGAGGAAUUGUUGAGUGUGCGCGAAUAGAAACCAUUCCUCCAAAUACCAACCAAUUGGAAUUGGUACUAGAAAAACUAAGAGAUUGUAUUUCAGGAAAGAAGUUUCUUCUUGUCCUUGAUGAUGUUUGGACAGAAGACUACAACAAAUGGGAACCCUUGAAAAUCAAUCUGCAAUAUGGCGCACCAACUAGUAAAAUUUUGGUGACAACAAGAAAUGAAAGGGUAGCUAAAAUGAUGGGCAGCUUAGAUGAAGACAUCUACCGGCCACAACAGCUGAGUGAUGAAGAGUGUUGGUCAUUAAUGCGUCCCAUAUCCCUUUCAGGAAGGAGUGAGGAGGAAUGUAGAGAGUUUGAGAAUGUUGGGAAUAAAAUAGCUAGCAAGUGCAAGGGAUUGCCUCUUGCUGCAAAUGUUUUGGGAAGUCUUUUGCAAUUCAAGAAUAGUUGGGAAGAGUGGGAAAAUGUAUGGAAGAGUGAAAUAUGGCAAUUGGAGAAGGCGGAAGUAGAGCUUUUUCCUCAUUUGGUUUUAAGCUACAAUGAAUUGUCACCAGCUCUUAAGCAUUGUUUUUCAUAUUGUGCUGUUUAUCCUAAAGAUUGCCGAAUCAAUAUUGAGAUUCUGAUAGAAGAGUGGAUGGCAUUAGGGUAUUUAGGCUCUAUGAUUGGAGAUAUUGAUGGAGUGGAACUUAAAGGGAGAGAGUACUUCAACAAUUUAACAAUGCGUUCUUUGUUUCAAGACUUUGAGGAAAGUGAAUCGGGAGAACAAAUAGGAGUAGAAUGGUGUAAAGUGCAUGAUAUAGUACAUGAUUUUGCUAAAUUUGUUAGGAAGAAUAAUGACAGAGGUGAAAUGAGAAAGAGAAGUUGCCAAUUAGUUUGUAAUCCUUUAUUGGUUUCUGAGGUCCAAGUUUAUCGAAGUAUACAUUGGGACAAGAAAAUUCCUCCCCUUGUUUGUGAUUGCCUGAAAAGUGUUAGGGUGUUAAGAUUUAAUAGGGGACUACAGGAUGGUCCUCCACAAGGAAUGGAAAAGUUGAUUCACUUGAGAUGGUUGGAUUUAAGAGGUACUCCUUUGUUCCAGGAAGACCUCAAAAUCAUUUGUAGGCUUUACUUCUUGCAAACUCUUUUGUUAGCAGAGUGCUCCCUAGAAGAGAUUUGGGGAGAAAUUGGGAAUUUGGUUAAGUUGAGACACCUUGACUUAAGUAGAAAUGAGGGAUUGAAGGAGUUACCAGAGAGCAUGUGUAGUCUGCUUGAAUUGCAAACUCUCUUGUUAGCAAACUGCUCUUUAGAAGCGAUUCCUGCAGAUAUUGGGAAUUUGAUUAAGUUGAGACACCUUGACUUAAGUGUGAAUAAAUUGUUAAAGGAGUUACCAGAGAGCAUGUGUAGUCUGUUUGAAUUGCAAAUCUUGAAUAUUGUCGGCUGCAGAGAUCUCAAUGGACUUCCCCAAGGGAUCCAUAGACUCCAAAACCUCCAACACCUUCUUAUUGAGAGCACUCUUGCAAGCAACCAUGGUUUGCCUCAAGGAGUAGGUGAGUUAAGUGGUCUCCGCACAUUAGAAUUGGGGUUGUUCAGAGUGGGAAUUGGUUACAACAAGUUGGGAUUGUUGAAAAGAUUAAACCGUCUUACUGGAGAUCUAAAAUUGAAAAUCCACUUGAAACGUAGUAGUGAUCCGGAGGAGUUGGUUGAGGAUGCUCGAGAAGCACGGCUAAGGAACAAGAUACACAUUCGAAAUCUGAGUAUAACGUUCGAGGAUGAGAUGAAUGAAAGAGAACAGGCAUCAUCAAUGUGGAUGGACGUAAUAGAAGCUUUGGAGCCCAAUAUUGAGAAGCUGCAACAACUUGAAAUCAGGGGAUAUAAAGGGUCCAGACUUCCGCAAUGGAUGUCAUCGCCCCUCAACUUAAUAAAACAGAUUAUACUCUCUAAAUUCAGUGAGGUGUGUUCAUUGCCGGCUUUGGGGAAACUACCUUUCUUGGAAGUUCUGUAUAUGCGGGGACUGAAGGAAUUGAAGGUGGUGGGACGGGAGUUUAUGGGAAUAGAUUCUUCAUCUUCUUCGUCCACGUCUAAUCAUGUGGUUGCUGCAUUUCCCAAGCUCAAGAUUCUAGAAUUUGGCUCAUGCCCCAAAUGGGAAGAGUGGGAGGACUUAACUGCGGAAGAAGAAGAAUCUGCAGUGGUCUCCCUCAUGCCAUGUCUCACAGAGUUAACUAUCUAUUCAUGUAUGGUUUUGAAGAAGCUUCCGCAUCGCCUCCUGCGUAAGGCCUCCUUGUCUUUGCAGAUCUUGAACAUUUGGUCUUCAUCAGAGCUAGUAAAAAGAUAUGGAGACGACCAAGAUUCACCUUGGAGAUCCAUAUCCCAAUAUAAUCCCCAUCUUCGUCUCUUUCACUAA